GCUAUUAGACUCCCCCGAUUAGAUAACGCAAAAUUUGAUAACAAACAUCAUUGAUGCUGCUCCAAUUCCACCACAACAAUCAGAAUCGGGGCAUAUCUCUCUCUCUCCGUCCCACAAAUGCAAUCAGUUGCACGCGCAGAUGAGACGGAACAAAAUAACAGGACUCGGGCUUUCGCUUACGUGUACCUCUACCGUUCGAUACACCACACGCUUGCUGGCCCAUUCAUAUCCAGGCUAAUCGGAGCGAAAUUCAGCAUUCGUGCGGUAGACGCGAUGACACUAAAACGAACAUGUUGACACUUACAUCCAGACAGGGCGCUCUUAUCACGCUGAUUCUUCUGACAUCGCCAUGUCUGGCGUUUUUCGAAAGCGAGGACUGCUUCUGUGAACUGAAGGGCAGCAUCGAGGAUUGCCAGUGCGAAGUGGACACUGUGGACAGUUUCAACAACGUGAAGAUAUACCCGCGUCUGCGCAGCCUACUUGUUAAGGAUUACUUCAGAUAUUUCAGGGUGAAUUUGCGGAAAAAGUGUCCGUUUUGGCAUGAUGACAGCAAGUGUUCUAUGCGAUACUGUUCUGUGCAGUCCUGUCAAGAGGACGAAGUCCCCAUCGGUUUGAAAGGAGAAUUUAAGAAAAAAGAAGCGCCUAUAUCUCCUACUUGCGGCGAUGGGUUGUCCUGCGAUAUCUCAAGUCAAACCAAAACGCCGAAAACGCAGUGCAACGGUCCUGAAUCCCUGGAUUACUUGAACACCUCCCUCAGUGAAAAAAUAGUGAAGGAUAUGGAGCUGUGGACAGCUUACGACAACGCACAAGAGAACUUCUGCAUCUUGGACGACAACGAUGAAGAUUCUGAGUAUGUAGAUCUCUUGUUGAACCCUGAAAGGUACACUGGUUACAAAGGAAAAUCUGCUGAAAGGGUUUGGAGAAGCAUCUACACAGAGAACUGUUUCCAGACGUAUUCUUGGCAGAAGCCUUCCUUCUUCAAGCUGGACCAGAUGUGUUUGGAAGAGCGCGUCUUUUACAGGGCUAUAUCCGGACUACACACCAGCAUCAACGUCCACCUGUGUGCUAACUACCUUUUGUCAGAUCCGAAUAAACCUAGUCUCAUCAAACCUAAUGGACAAUGGGGAAUGAAUCUGGGAGAAUUCGAGAGAAGGUUUUCACCUUCGACGACUGGCGGUCAAGGUCCUAAUUGGUUGAAGAAUUUGUACUUUUUAUAUCUGCUCGAAUUGAGGGCGAUCAAGAAAGCUGCGCCCCUUUUGGACAAGUGGGAGUUUUAUACUGGAAACGAGAGAGAAGACUGGGACACCAAAAUGGCAAUUAAAGACUUAAUGGAAACCAUUCGCAAGUUUCCUUCACACUUCGACGAAUCCACCAUGUUUAUAGGAGACGCCAAUAAGAAAAAACUGAAGAUAGAAUUCCGAGACCAUUUUCGAAAUGUCAGUAGGAUUAUGGACUGCGUAGGUUGCGACAAAUGCAAAUUAUGGGGCAAACUCCAGACACAGGGCCUUGGAACAGCGCUGAAAAUUCUGUUUUCUACAGAAAAUGGGUCUGUAGAAAAUCUCAAGUUACAACGUAAUGAGAUAGUAUCCCUUCUGAACGCAUUCGGGAGGCUGUCAAACAGUAUUUACAAGCUAGACGAUUUCAGGGAGAUGGUGAAACAAAAGGAUAAAUCCAAUUCGAAAAGACUGAAGAUAGAAUUUUGAUAUAAUAUUCACCUUUGUACAUUAAUGUUGUUGACUUUUCUGAGUUGUUGCAAGAGAUUCAUGCAAAUGGUUUGAGAUUUUUAGUGUUAUAACAAUUAAUUACUCUUAGUGGGAGUAAUUCAAUGACUAUCACAAGUGUUUACUUAUCAAAGAUGUAUUUUAUUAGGUAACUCUUUUUGUGAUUUUUUAGAUGUUAAACAGAGAUAUAUAUUUAUACAAUUUGUAUAUAGAUAUUUAAAAAUAAAUAGAAUUGAAUAAGUA